UCAUGAGGAAUUUGAGGUGUGAAUGGUCAUUAACAUAUCUUUUGUUUCCAAGGGUGGGAGAGGUCUGAGGUGUGAAUUGGUGAUUACAAUGUGUGACAAGCUUGGUAGGAACAUCCUGUGUUCAGUGUUUUGUCCAUCUGAGUGUCUUGAAAAUGCAUUUUUCAUGAUGAAAAAAGGCUCUGGACAGCAACGGGAACUGGAAGAGUUAAAAAAAUUUUCAGACGCAAAUGCUCAUAAACGCAAUUUGCCGCGUUUACAAGCGUUUUAAAACGCUGAUAAAAUCAACGUCUGAAUGCAAGUUUUUCUGCGU